AUGGAUUCCAAAACCUUUAAACGUAAAGCCGAUGAGGAUCUUGACACUCAAAUAGCACCACCCAAUAAGAUAACGACUAACAAGGAAAUACAACACAAUAGAGAAAAUGCCACUCUUUUAAUCCGAAAUUUACCUCCAAAUGCAAAUGUUAACAAGAUAAAAAAAUUUUUUAAAGGAUAUGGAGAAAUUAAGAAUGUCGAUCAUAUUAAAUCUUUAAUGGUGGCUAAAAUAGAAUUUACUACUCAUUGCGAGGCUCUAAUUGGUUUAACUAGGACCUUGAAAAAAUUUAAUGAUAAUGUGGUAACUGUUAAGUGGUAUAAUUCUAAUUGCACUCUAUGGUGUACAAAUUAUCCACCAAACUAUACCCUUCAAAAUUUAAAACAACUGUUUACUCAAUUUGGUGGUACUGUUUUAAGUAUACGGACACCAUCUUUAAGAUAUAAUUCUAAUAGAAGAUUUGCAUACAUUGACAUGCUCGAAGAAGAACAAGCAAUUGAAUGUUUAACAAAAUUAAACGGCUUCCGAAUUGAAAAUUAUACAUUGGUCGUUAAGAAAUCAGAUACUAGCAACAAAUCUAAAAGAACUGACACAGCUUUGAGAGAUGGAAGAGAAAUAAUAAUUUCCAAUAUUCAAACUGAUAUUGAUAAGGAACAAUUAUUAAACCACAUUCUGGAUGUUGCCCACAUAGAAACUGAUGCUAUAGAAACCUAUACCUUCCCACCCACAACUCCGAAUAUUGCAUUUAUCACAUUUAAAGAUAAAAAUACGGCAGACAUUAUCUCUAAGUUGCAUCAAAUAGAUUUUGCACAAAAUAAAAUUUAUAUCAAAAGAGCCGAUAAAAAAGCUUAUUUAGAAAGGCAAAAAAUCAAGAAAAUUUUGAAUACACGCCGUAAUAACCCACUUUAUGAUAAAAUUAUUAAACUCUCGCCUAUUAAUGACAAAACUUCGAAGGAAAAACUGAAAUCAAUGAUAAUCUCAAAUUCCUCGAUCAAAGCUGAAGAUAUCGAUAAUAUUUUUUUAGUCGCUGAUCAAGGGUUCACUUUAAUAAUAUUCAAAGAAAGCAAAGUGGCUGCCAAAUUCAUGUUAGGGUUUAAUAAUAAAAAGAUAAAUAGAUCAACCAUGGUAUGUAAUUACUUAUAA